CCCCCCACCCCCCUCACAAAAAAAAAAAAAACUAAACACAAUGGCCGGCGAGCCAGGAAGCUCAAUGCAUGGGGUAACGGGAAAGGAGCAGUCACAUGCCUUCUCCGUCUCCCCAUCUGAGGUCCCAACGGACCCUACAGCCAAGUUUGGUUUGCCAGUCGAUACAGAACACAAGGCCACAAAAUUCAAAAUCCUCUCCUUAGCCAAACCCCAUAUGACAACAUUUCACCUAAGUUGGAUAUCCUUUUGCACAUGUUUCAUAUCAACCUUUGCAGCCGCACCUUUGGUCCCUAUCAUAAGGGACAACCUCAACCUCACCAAGUACGACAUUGGUAACGCCGGAGUCGCUUCCGUCUCGGGAAGUGUGUUCUCAAGGCUAGUCAUGGGUACACUUUGUGACCUGAUGGGACCAAGGUACGCUUGUGCAUUCCUAGUCAUGUUGAUAGCCCCAGCCGUCUUUUGCAUGUCGUUGAUAACCGACGCAUCAGGUUACGUGGCGGUUAGGUUUAUGAUAGGGUUUUGUUUAGCCACCUUUGUGUCAUGCCAAUAUUGGAUGAGUACCAUGUUUAACGGCCGGAUUAUCGGGCUUGUAAACGGGACUGCGGCCGGGUGGGGCAAUGCCGGUGGUGGAGCAACCCAACUUCUUAUGCCGGUGGUGUAUGAGAUUAUCCGUCGUGCGGGGGCCACGUCGUUCGUUGCUUGGAGGAUUGCGUUUUUCAUUCCGGGGUUGCUUCAUAUUAUUAUGGGGCUCUUGGUGCUUACUCUUGGUCAAGACUUGCCUGAUGGUAACCUUGGUGCCCUAAUAAAGAAGGGUGAGGUUGCUAAAGACAAGCUCCCUAAGGUGCUUUGGUAUGCUGUCUCCAAUUACCGGACAUGGAUCUUUGUGCUCCUCUACGGAUACUCCUUAGGUGUGGAGUUAACAACCGAUAAUGUUAUUGCAGAAUACUUUUUUGACAGGUUUAACCUAAAACUGCAGACAGCAGGAGUGAUAGCAGCCAGCUUUGGAUUAGCGAACUUCUUCUCUCGUCCACUGGGCGGGCUAGCCUCGGACUAUAGCGCCCGUUACUUUGGUAUGAGGGGACGGCUUUGGACCCUAUGGAUCCUCCAAACAGCCGGUGGAGUGUUCUGCAUUUGGCUAGGGUUAGCUAAUAAUCUUAUCACGGCAACCGUAGCCUUAAUCCUAUUUUCACUAGGGGCUCAAGCUGCCUGUGGGGCCACCUUUGGGGUUGUACCCUUCAUUUCUCGGCGAUCCCUAGGGAUCAUCUCGGGCCUUACCGGGGCAGGAGGCAACGUGGGGGCCGCACUGACCCAGUUCAUUUUCUUUGCUGGAAAUCGUUUUAGCACAGAAGACGGUCUUCUGUACAUGGGUGUUAUGUCCAUUGCUUGUACACUCCCGGUAGCUUUGGUGCAUUUCCCGCAAUGGGGGAGCAUGUUUUUCCCUCCAUCUAAGAGUGCUUCUGAGGAGGCUUAUUAUGUUGCCGAGUAUAACAAGGACGAACAGAGUAAAGGUAUGCACGAAAGGAAUAUUAAGUUUGCUGAAAGUGCUCGAACCGAGCGUGGAAAGGAAGGUGGUUUCUGCUCCUCUUCUCCACCUACAAAUGCUUGAUUUAAUCCUUACCUACUUUCAUACAAUCAAACUUGUACUUCUGUUAUGGUUGUUAAUUUACCCUACAACUUAAGUGUAUGCAACUUUUUAUUUAGCCGAAAGAUCAUGGUUUCAAUUGAUACUUUUGGUGCGUGAGGUGAUGAGACUAACAUCAUCAAAUUACUCUUCCAGCUUGAGUGGCUAGUGAAAUUUGUUUAUUACAAGAAAUAAUUUCA